UCUAUGUGAAAUUGUCGACAAAGAGAAUGAGGGCUUUAAUUCUGCUUCUUGGAUGGAUACAUCUCUCCAUGUCCUGUUCUCCUUGCAGUCCUGUCAGUCUAACAGAGUCUGACAAUUGUAUUAAGAUCUACUCAAGAGACGAGUGGGGAGCCAGGCCUCCAGUUCAGAUCCUGCAGUCAAGCAGUUAGAGAUAUCCAGAACCUUCAUAUGGAUGGAAACAGCUGGUGGGAUAUAGGAUACAGUUUUCUGAUCGGAGGAGAUGGAAGUGUGUUUGAAGGACGCGGUUGGAAUAUUCAGGGAGCCCACACAUCAGGGUUUAACAGUGUUGGAUACGGUGUUUGCUUUCUCGGAGAUUUUACUUUGAAACAACCAACUCAAGCAGCAAUUCAGGCCUACCAUAAUCUGGUAUUCUGUAUGAGGGACCAGAACAAGAUAAGACCAGACUACAAAAUGUUUGGACACAGGCAAACCAAACCUCAAGGUGGAACGGAGUGCCCUGGAGAUACCCUCUACCCAAUAAUACAAUCCUGGCCAGGAUGGGAAGACUGUACUGUCGAGGAUGAGAACUGCUUAUCAAACUCUUAAUAAUAAUCGAUUAAAAAAGUUUAUAAAUAAAAAUCAUAAUUUUGAAAAA